ACUAUAACUGUAGGUUAUUAGAUAAUUAAUUAAAGGACUCUCUUUUUAAAGAAAGAGAGACACUUUGUCAUUAGUAACUAUUUAUCAUUAGUAACAGGGACAUCUUCAAUUUUGCGGAAACUUUGGUUCCAAUGCCUUUUAUGGUUGUUUUCCGAACUAGAUGUGGUCACUUCUAAUUUUAAACAAAUAUUAAAUUUACUUAAAUAAUUAAAUGAAAUACAGGUACAUUUACGUUUGUAUAAAUGAUACAAGUUUAUUAAUACUGUCCUUUGCAAAGCGCUGUGAAACAGAGUUGUCCAGUAAAGUAGUCUGGCGGUUACGGGAAUCUGAUGUUAUUGCUCGUAAAUCAGUGCUGAUUAUAAGAGGUUCCGGACCAUCGGUGUCCCGAAAGUUGAUGUUAUACUUGUAUAAAGUAAACUAAAAUUACAUCGACACACGCACCUACAACUUUAGACAUUUAUGGGUAUGCUACCGACACGUCAUAGAGUUAUGUCCCUUCUUUAAUUAGGUGACCUUUACGGUCACCUAAUAUUGUUUAGUAUCAGCACAGUCCUGAUCUAGAAAGAUUUAUGACCAAAACACAGUAUAACCAAAACUGUCUUAGCAGCAUUAUAAGCCCGUAGACAAAUCAAUGCACCGGGCCCUUAUGAUGAAUUGUUCGUUUAAUUACCGUUAAAGCUGAUCUCGUUAACUCAAAAAACUGUGUCGAAACAAAACUUGAGAAAAUGUUAGGUUAUUUCUCUAGAAGGACAAUGUCCACAGUUAUAUCAAAAAUAAACUUUCCAAGGCUCCAGUCUCAUUCUCGGUGUCCAUUUUCCGCUCUUCUCUCUCAGAAUUUCCAACACCAUUUUUUUCAAUGCCAAACGUUUAGUGGAACACCUUACAUCUUGAAUAAACUCCUUCACAAGCCACUAAACAGUCAAAUGAAAAAACCAUCACCAUCACCAUCACCUUGUUGUGGUUACAGUAAUGAAGCAGGACUUUUAAAUCGUAACUUUGAAGUUAUCUAUCGUUUCCCUUACAUCGUACACAUGCAUCUGUUGUCAAGAUUUAAAAUAUACCAAACGGCCUUUUCUGUAGCUGCUGUACCACUAUGCUAUGCCAUGCACAGCAAUGGCCAAUUAUCUCUGGCACUUUGUCAUUAUGUUGUUAUUUAUUCAAUAGUGGCCUGUGCAAUGUUGUAUGCGUUUAGUUUCUAUUUGUGGAGACUUGUUGGUAUCAUUGCAUACAACAGUGUUGAAGAUUUAGUCAAAGUAUCACACUUAACGUUCUGGGGAGGUCGUAAGGACAUCUUCCUCCAUGUGAAAAGCAUCAUACCCCUUUCUGAUAUGUCUGAUAAUCCGAAUGACAUCUUUGUGAAAUUCCAGCAGUAUGAUAAUGAAGAAGUACUCUUCCUUGUACUUAAGUUUGGAGGAAUUAAGGACAUGGAGAAAUUCCAGCUGGUACUAGGAGACAUAAAAUAGUGUAUAUAACUUGGUAGUUAGUAACUGUGUAAAUAAAAGAGUAUUUAGUGGAUAUUUGAAUAAAUUGUCGCUAUCAUCUGAA